CGUGCGAGCAGACGGUCGUGUUUCAGUCGCAGUUUCCCGAGGAAAAGUCCCCGAAAGUCCACACAGAGAUCAUCACAGCCAUUAUUGCCAUCAUUGCCAUCGGCCCAAGUGCAACGGUGUGAAAAACAGAGAAAAACAGUGUGCGAGUUCGACCAAAAACGCAGGAUAUAUCGCCGCAUUAUCCUUGGCAGCGGACCAAAAACAAAAACAAAACAAAAACGAAGUGAAAAACCAAAUAACGAACGGAUUUUGCUUGUUUACAACUUGCGGUCAGGACUUUUACGGAUUUCCAGGGGGUUUGUCGUGUUAGUUUGUGUGGUUUUCCGCCCCCGUUCCCUGUGUGUUUGUGUGUUGUGCUGCUGCAAAGUGGAGACGCCAUGGCAACACAUUGCUAAUCGAUGACGUGACCAAAAACAACAAAACAUAACCAAAGGAGCAAAGCAGCAAACAAAGCAAAAAAAUAGAAAACUAACCAAACCGAAAAGGAGCGCAGCCCUCUUCACACUUGGGAUAACACAGGGAUAAUGACCAUAAACUGACUUGAUGGCAAAUUGAAAUGGCAGCAACAAUGUGAACGAGCAGAAAAGCAACAGUACCGGCAAAGAGCUCUUAAAAUAAGCUGCAAAUAAAAAUAGGAAGCAUCGGAUAGGAGCGGACAAAUCAUAAACAAGAAUACCGGGCAAUUGCGGAGUCCUGUGAGCCGCAAGGAUGCUGAAGCUGAUGCAGAUGCGAUGCGAAGGCGACGCAGAUUGCAUUCAAGGACCGCUGGGCCAGCAAACAAUCAGUGGGGCAGACAAUGCGAACUAAUAAAGCACUUAAGCGGAUAGAGACGACCGGCAACAAGGACACCCAACUGCAGGAGAAGCUGCAUCAGCAGCAGGAGAAGCAACAGCAGAAGCAGAAGCAUCAAUCAAAGUAAGAUUCCCCGUGCCACGGGGCGUAUGAUCAACGUGCAUCAUCAGCUCGAUACAGCGACAAUGGCGGAAUCGCCUCAAAUUAGACGCGACACGGCUCGCCCAUGUGCCACGUUGCCUUCGAAGGACUGCGAGGACGGCAGGACGACCACUCCGCUGACGGCCAACGGAGCCACCACCACCGGGCUGACUGCCACCCCGAAGGACGUGCAACGAAACCACCUGCUAGAGAUGCCAACAGCAACACCAGCAACGGAGAAGCCAACGAUAACAGCCACCACCAACUCCAACUCCAACUCCACCACCACCGCCACCGCCAGCAGGACUCGGAGCCCCUUGCCCGCACUAGGGACACUCUGCCGACUCCUCCUGCUGCCCGCCCUCAUCCUGGGCGUCCUCGUGGGCGGCGGCCAGGCAGGAUUCGCCUGCCUCAGCAAUCCCUGUGUGUUCGGCGUGUGCAUCGACGGCCUGAACAGCUCGUACUCGUGUUACUGCAUUGAUGGCUACACAGGGAUCCAGUGCCAAACGAAUUGGGACGAAUGCUGGUCGAGUCCUUGUCAGAACGGCGGGACAUGUGUGGACGGCGUGGCCUACUACAAUUGCACGUGUCCGGAAGGAUUUUCUGGUUCCAACUGCGAGGAGAAUGUGGACGAGUGCAUGUCGAAUCCUUGCCAGAACGGCGGACUCUGUCGGGACAGGACCAAUGGCUACAUCUGCACCUGCCAGCCCGGCUACCUCGGAUCCCACUGCGAACUGGAUGUGGCUGUCUGCGAGACAGGAACUGGCGCCCGUUGCCAGCACGGCGGGGAGUGCAUCGAGGGUCCGGGCCUGGAGUUCACCUGCGACUGUCCGGCGGGCUGGCACGGCCGGAUCUGCCAGGAGGAGAUCAACGAGUGCGACUCGUCCCCCUGCCAGAACGGAGGCGUCUGCGUGGACAAGCUGGCGUCAUACGCCUGCGCCUGCCCCAUGGGCUACACGGGCAUCAACUGCGAGGAGGAGAUCCUGAUCUGCGCGGACAACCCCUGCCAGAACAAUGCCCUCUGCCUGAUGGAGGAGGGGGUGCCCACGUGCUACUGCGUGCCCGAUUACCACGGCGAGAAGUGCGAGUUCCAGUACGACGAGUGCCAGCUGGGUCCGCGCUGCAUGAACGGAGGCGUCUGCAUCGACGGGGUGGACACCUUCUCCUGCUCCUGCCCCCCGCUGCUCACCGGCAUGCUCUGCGAGUGCCUGAUGGUGGGCGAGGAGUCGCUGGACUGCAACUACACGGCUCCUGCCACGCAGGCUCCUCCGCGGAGGACCACCACCACGUCCACGGUGGCGCCGCCCACAGUGAGGCCUGUCACUCCGCCGGAGACGACGGUGCCGCCGAAGUCCUCCGAGGAAGUGGAGGUUGUGGUGGUGGUCACAGCCGCUCCAGCGGAGGUGGCCACCUCCUCCGUUUCCUCGUCAUCCUCCUCCUCCGAGGAGGCAGUUUCCGUGGAGGUAAAGGCGCCGACCCUGGCACCGCCGGAGAGCGAGAGCCACAGCAUUUCGGAGGAGCAGACCACAGUGGUGCCAGCACAACCACCGCCGGAAGUGGAACCAGAACCGAAGCAGCCACCUCCACCCGACUCGGAAUCGCAUUCCGAAACUGAGGAGGAAGUAGUUCCAGGCACAACUGCUCGACCGCCAGUCAGCCGAUCCUCCAGUUCCUCGGAGGAAUCGCCCAGCAUCUACACCACUCUGCCACCUCUUCCUCUUCCGGGGAAAUCCCAAACCUCAUCCUCGGCGGAGAGUUCGGGGGAGGUGGUCAUCUCCGAGGAGUACACCACUGUGCCGCACUUCGAGGUGAGUGGCAGCCGGAGUGAAAGCGAAAGCGAGGAGCUCACCACAGUGCGACCCACUGCCACACCCAUCAUCACCAUCUCGGUGGACUUCACCUCCUCCAGCAGCAGCAGUUCGGAGUCGGUGGAGCCGGUGGUGACCACUCCAGCUCCCGUUUUCGUGCAGCGGGCAACCACCAUCGAAGCGAGCAUCACCGUUGACUACGUGCCACCCACUCCUCCGCCGGAAACCACCAUGCGACCGGUGCCACGACCCACUUUCGUCACGGAGCCACCGCUGGAUGUGAUGGAAACCACUGGCACCACGCACCACCUCUGGACGGAGGUUCCCACCACGGCGGCUCCCUUCUUCACCGAGUAUCCUGCGGAGGUCCUGAUCACCACGCAUCGAACGAGUGCCGGACGGUUCACCACGGUGCAACCACCAGUGCAGGCCACCACCACCUUGCCCACUGAGGAUUCUUCGGCCGAGGAGCUGCCCACAGCACACACGCCCCACAUUGUGGUCACCAUUCUGGAUCCGAAUGCCUCGAUUCCUCCGCUGAUCACAACCACUGGAGUGCCGACUACGCACCACCACCACCACCACCAUCAUCACCACGAGCCGGAGGGCACUACUCUGCAGCCGAUCGAAGAGGAAGAUGAACACCACCAUCACCACCACCACCACCACGGGGUCACCACUCCUCAGCCGGUGGAUGUGACCACGGGACAACCCCUGCAAACGGAGGACUUGAUUGGAGAACCCGUUUUGACCAUCACCGUGGAGCCGUACGCUCCACCGGAGACUACGGUGGUUCCAGUGGUUACCAUUGCACCACCUGCGCUACCGGUUACGGCAGCUCCAGUUCCUCCGGCAACCACUGUUCCUCCUGCGCCUCCAGCUACUGAAGCACCCACUCCGCCACCCACUCUACCACCCACAUUACCACCCACUCUACCUCCCACUCUACCACCCGCUUUGCCUCCCGUUACCCUCCCUCCCGCUACCCUGCCACCACCCACAAUACCACCCACUCCGCCCUCCACGCAAUCCGCACAAACUCUGCCGCCGCCGACGUCGCCCAUCAAUGUGUUCACCACCCCCGAAGCUCCGCCCACCGCCUCCCAGACGAAGCCAACGGUCGCGGAGAGCAGCGAGGAGGUGGAGGGCAGCAACACGGUCUCCUCCGGCGGAAGGGGAUCCCCCGGAGUUCCCGAGGAGAAGGCGGCCGACGUUGAUUGCAUCAAGCUGGGCUGCUACAACGGCGGCACCUGCGUAACCACAUCCGAAGGAUCGCGGUGCGUUUGCCGCUUCGACCGGCAAGGACCCCUCUGCGAGCUGCCCAUCAUCAUUCGGAACGCAGCAUUCUCGGGCGACUCGUACGUGUCGCACCGCAUCUACAAGGACAUCGGGAGCCACGAGUCCCUGGACGCAGUGCUGCCCAUGCACAUCCAGCUGAAGGUGCGGACGCGGGCCACCAACGGACUGAUCAUGCUGGCGGCGGCCCAGGGCACCAAGGGGGGUCACUAUAUGGCGCUCUUCCUCCAGAAGGGGCUCAUGCAGUUCCAGUUCUCCUGCGGACUGCAGACGAUGCUGCUGAGCGAACUGGAAACGCCGGUGAACACCGGCCACGAAAUCACCAUUCGAGCUGAAUUGGACUUCAGCCGGAAUUACACACACUGCAAUGCCUCGCUGCUGGUGAACGACACUCUGGCCAUGUCCGGGGAUCAGCCCACCUGGCUGAAGCUCCUGCCCCCGCGCCUCCACACCCCCGACGCCAUCCUGAACACCUGGCUGCACCUGGGCGGGGCGCCCCAGGCCCCGAUUGGCCUGAUUAUCGAGCUGCCGCCGGCCCAGAGCGGCACGGGCUUCACCGGCUGCCUCCACACGCUGCGGAUCAAUGGACAGGCUCGCGAGAUAUUCGGGGAUGCCCUGGAUGGAUUCGGCAUUACGGAAUGCGGUUCCCUGGCUUGUCUGUCGAGUCCUUGCCGCAACGGAGCCGCCUGCAUUAAAAUCGAAACCAACGAUCUGGACGAGAACGGCGAGAAGGCGGAGAAGUGGAAGUGCAAGUGCCCCACCGGCUACAUGGGACCCACCUGCGAGAUUUCCGUCUGCGAGGACAACCCGUGCCAGUACGGUGGAACCUGCGUACAGUUCCCGGGCAGCGGGUACCUCUGCCUUUGUCCGCUGGGCAAACACGGCCACUACUGCGAGCACAAUCUUGAGGUGGCCCUGCCUUCCUUCUCGGGCAGCGUGAAUGGACUGUCCUCGUUCGUGGCCUACACAGUGCCGAUUCCCCUGGAGUACUCCCUCGAGCUGAGCUUCAAGAUCCUGCCGCAGACCAUGUCGCAGAUCUCCCUGCUGGCCUUCUUCGGCCAGUCGGGAUACCACGACGAGAAGAGCGACCACCUGGCGGUGAGCUUCAUCCAGGGCUACAUAAUGCUCACCUGGAAUCUGGGCGCUGGACCGCGUCGCAUUUUCACCCAGAAACCCAUUGACUUCCGGCUGGACGCUCCGCGAGUUCCCUACGAAAUCAAAGUCGGUCGCAUUGGUCGACAGGCCUGGCUCUCGGUGGACGGGAAGUUCAAUAUCACGGGUCGUGCCCCCGGAAGUGGCAGCCGCAUGGAUGUGCUGCCUAUUCUGUACCUCGGAGGCCAUGAGAUAGCCAACUUCAAUACGCUGCCCCAUGAUUUGCCGCUGCACUCGGGCUUCCAGGGAUGCAUAUACGACGUGCAGCUGAAGGCGGGACAGGUCACGGUGCCGCUGCAGGAGACCCGCGGGGUCAGAGGUCGCGGGGUGGGCCAGUGCGGCACCAGGGAGUGCCAUCGACACGCCUGCCAGCACGAUGGCGCCUGCCUACAGCAUGGAGCAACCUUUACUUGCAUCUGCCAGGAGGGCUGGUACGGUCCGCUGUGCGCCCAGCCCACGAAUCCCUGCGACUCCUUCAACAACAAGUGCUACGAGGACGCCACUUGUGUGCCACUGGUGAAUGGCUACGAGUGCGAUUGUCCUGUGGGACGCACGGGCAAAAACUGCGAGGAGGAAAUUCGAUCUCUGAGCGACGUUUCCCUCACCGGAAGACGCUCGUAUCUGGCGGUUCGCUGGCCAUAUCUGUACGACGGAGGCGACAAGCUGGGCGCCAAGCGCUCCCAAAUGGUCAGCUACCGGAACUUCACCAAGAAGCUAAUGCCCCCGAAGCCGAUCACCACCCCGAGCACCCACUUUGUGAUGAAGCUGCUCAACGAGGUGGAGAAGCAGCGCAGCUUCUCGCCGGUGCCGCUGAUGGGAUCGAAGACCUUCGAGGAGCACCACCGCGUGCAGUUCUUCUUCAUAGAGUUCCAGCUGCGUCCGCUUUCGGAGAGGGGACUGCUCCUCUACUUCGGCACCCUGAACAACAACCAGGACAAGAAAAUCGGCUUCGUCUCGCUCUCCCUGCAGGGCGGAGUGGUGGAGUUCCGGAUCUCGGGACCCAGCACCCAUGUGACGGUGGUGCGGAGUGUCCGGAUGCUGGCCAUCGGCGAGUGGCACAAGAUCAAGAUGGCGCAGCGGGGCAGGUGGCUCACCCUGUGGGUGGAGGGCAGCGCCUCCUCGGCACUCGCUCCCUCGGCCGAGGUCCUGGUCGAGCCGGACUCUCUCCUCUACAUCGGCGGACUGAAGGAUGUGUCCAAGCUGCCGCACAACGCCAUCUCCGGAUUCCCGAUUCCCUUCAGGGGAUGUGUGCGCGGUUUGGUGGUCAGCGGAACUCGCAUUGUGCUCAACGAGACCAACAUUGUGGAAUCUCGCAACAUUCGGGACUGUGAUGGCACCGCUUGCGGCGGAGACUCCUGCGAGUCCGGAGGACACUGCUGGCUGGACGAGAAGCUGCAGCCGCACUGCAUCUGCCCAGAGUACGCCAAAGGAGACCGAUGCGAGUACUCGGAGACCUGCAAGCUCAUCCCGUGCAAAAACAAUGGCAGGUGCCUGAGGAGCGGACGCUGCUCGUGUCCAAAUGGAUGGGGAGGCUUCUACUGCGAAAUUGCCAUGAGCAAGCCGACGACGCCGAGCUUCCGCGGCAACAGUUACCUGAUCUUGCCGCCGCCGCGGAUUCCGAUGAAAGACAAGCGGCGGGGACCCUCCCUGUACGUCCGCCCCCGCGAAGCCAUCCAAGUUUCGCUGAACUUCUCCACGAUCGAGCCGGACGGGCUGCUCCUGUGGAGCGAGCACGAGAGGAGCAAGUUCCUGGGCCUGGGACUGGAGGCGGGUCACCUCAAGCUGGCCAGCAACCUGCUGGGCAGCACCAACGACACUGUGAGGGCUCCGGCCAGUGGGUUCAUCGCCGACGGGGCCUGGCACUACACGAGCGUCCUGCUGGACCGCUCCAGGCUGGAGCUCCAGCUGGACGGCGAGGUGAUAUUCACGGAGCGGCUGCCCGAGAACGGAAGGUCCUUGGCCUCGACCACCCCGAGGACAGCUCUGGCGGGCAGGCGCAAGAACUCCAGCAAGGAGCCGACAAUUAGCUACGAGGAUGUCUUCUACUUAGGUGGCUUCCCCAACUCGGACUCGGUGAGCAGGCGCACAAAAGGCCGGUUCUUCGAUCCCUUCAAGGGCUGCCUGCAGGACAUCCAGUUCGGAGCCGAGCCCACAGCGAUUAUUAGCGAUUUCUCGACGUAUCAGGGCGAGAACAUCGGAUCCUGUGAUCUGCACGGCGAUGAGCCACUUAUUGUAUAGGAAACGAAAUCAAAAGCGAGGCAAAAUCGGAUAACGAAUCUGUAGAACAUUUCGAUUAUUUUGGACUUUCAAGAUUUGCAAUCUUCUUGAGAAGCUAAAUAACGACGCGAUAUAUAGAGAGUACUACUUGUAAGCUAAGUGAUAAGCGAGUUUAUAUAGGAAAUGGGGGAAUCCCCUCCUGGAAUCAAUAUAUACACACAGUUUUGGGCAAAGCUAUCGAUAAAAGACAGACGAAAAAAGACAAGAAAAGGAACGUAAUUUUGUAAAUUUUAUAGAAAUAAAUGAAAAACAAAAAAAAGACAAUGUUUAGACUUAAACCAUGGAAACAAACAACAAAUUAACUGGUUUAUCAAAACAAUACCAAAAGCAAAACUAAGAAAGACAAAAUUGUAGACUAGGAUCUAAAUCUAGAAAAUACCGAUACCAGAUACAGAUAUAUACUUCUCUUACGUAAGUGAUAUUUCAAUUGGAAAAAAGAAACUGGAUAACGAUCCAAAAUGCAAUUUAACUUAUCUGUAUAUUGUUUUGGUUGAGCCAACUUUUUGUUAUGCAAUCGUUAGCACUUGUGUUAUGAAAAACUAAUUAAUUAUUCCCUUUAAUCGAAUCUCACCCUGUUUCCCAAAAUUUAAAUUCUCUUCUAUCUACGAAAACUGCCCCUAACAAGUUUCUGCCAUUUUAGUUUUUGCAACUUUUACAUUUAGUUAGUAAGGUAGAUAUGGUCCCCCUGUUAUCGUUAUAAAGCAUAAAAAUCUCCUGAUUGAAGCCAUUUAGUUGCCUUGUAGUAAGUUAGCGUAUACUCUCUUUGAUUUACCUUAAACUAACUUUAAAUCGAAAUCGACUAUUCUAACAAAACAAAUCAAGACGCAUACCGAAAAUCUAUGCUAGUCAUACAAUAUAAUUAUUCUUAUAAAUGGAAAACCAAGUAGCGAGAAAGAUACAAACAAACAAAUAUAUACACUACUUAUACAAUACGAAACCAAAUGAAAAUUGUAACCAAAACUGUACGUUAAGUAUGUAUUUAUUUCGAGAGAAAUCUUAAUCAGUUAUAAUUUUAAAUAAAAAAACAAAAGGGAAUUAGAAAAGGUUAAUAAACUUAA